AUGAGUCGUGGCUGUGUUGACUUACGAAAACGUUGGGACGAGCUUGUUGGUAAAUCUGAACAAGAAGCAGUUAACGCAAUUAGACAAGAUGGUGAACAAAAUAUUGAAGUAGUCGAUGAUGGUACACCAGAAUCAAUUGCAGCAAUCCAAAGUGGUGUUGUUCGUGUAAUUUUAGACGAAAAUAAAAAAGUUAAAUAUCCACCACUUCGACAAGCCUAA